UGACGUCACGGCGCCCAGAGCGAGGCUCGGGUAGAGAGGCCGACUGAGCAGGAGUCGUCCGCUUGUCGUGGAGGCUGCUAGGGAGCCGGCGAGAGGGUGAGCGGGCGAGCAGGCGAGCGAGCUAGAGCAGGCAGGAAGGAGAGACGCGCGGCGCAGAGUAGCGCCGGGGCCGGGCCGCGGCGGAACCCACAGCCGGAGAGGGGCAGCCCGAGCCGGGCGCCGCGGGGUCCCCACCCCCACUCGGCCGGACAGUGCCCGGUGUUCCCCCGUGCGGGGGGCGGCGGCGGCGGCUGAAGGGACCGGACAGGAUCGCGGGGGUGUUGCCACCUCCACCGAGGAGCCGGAGCGGCCGCGGGCUCCUCAGAGCCGGGGCCCGGGGCCCGUGAUAGACGGGCCGAGGAAAGGAGAGAGGCGGCGGCGGCGCAGGCGACGGGGAGGCAGCGGCGACACCAUGUCAUCCCCCAGUCCGGGCAAGAGGCGGAUGGACACGGACGUGGUCAAGCUCAUUGAGAGUAAGCAUGAGGUUACGAUCCUGGGAGGACUCAAUGAAUUUGUAGUGAAGUUUUAUGGACCACAAGGAACACCGUAUGAAGGCGGAGUAUGGAAAGUUAGAGUGGAUCUCCCUGAUAAAUACCCUUUCAAAUCACCAUCUAUAGGAUUCAUGAAUAAAAUUUUCCAUCCCAACAUUGAUGAAGCGUCAGGAACUGUGUGUCUAGAUGUAAUUAAUCAAACUUGGACAGCUCUCUAUGAUCUUACCAAUAUAUUUGAGUCCUUCCUGCCCCAGUUGUUGGCCUAUCCCAACCCAAUAGAUCCUCUCAACGGUGAUGCUGCAGCCAUGUACCUCCAUCGACCGGAAGAAUACAAGCAGAAAAUUAAAGAGUACAUCCAGAAAUACGCGACGGAGGAGGCGCUGAAAGAGCAGGAGGAGGGCACCGGGGACAGCUCGUCAGAGAGUUCCAUGUCUGACUUUUCGGAAGAUGAGGCCCAGGAUAUGGAGUUGUAGUAGAAAAAGCACCUGCUUUUCAGAAAGACUAUUAUUUCCUAACCAUGAGAAGCAGACUAUAAUAUUCAUAUUUAAACAAAGCAAUUUUUUUUAUUACUAAACAAGGUUUUUAUGAAUAAUAGCAUUGAUAUAUAUAUAUUAUAUAUCACCCUUUAGAUCUUGAUUUCCUGGUCAUUUCUCAACCUGAGGUGCAUAGCAUAUUCCCACAUUCCAUUUUGGUAGCAAUAUGCGGUCCGAAUGCAUGCAUUCAUAAGUCCAUUUGGCCAAGUCAGCCUGUGUGCUACUGAACUGUCGAAAGAAAUAGCCACUCUGGUAGAUAGACAUGAGUAAAAAUAACAGGAAAAAGUCGCUUCUUUUAUUGAUGGUUCCAAAGAAACAAACCAAACCAACCAGCUCUUGGACGUGAAGAUAGAAUAGUGCUUUUUCAGAGUGGAGGCCCUGGGCAGGAGAGAGGCCGGCCCCUGCCGUGGGAGCGCGUCACGGGGCCGCGGCGGAUGCCAGAUGCCCAGCGGCUCCUCCCCGGGAGCCCUAGGUGGCCCGUCUCCGAGGAGUAACAGUUUAAAACAGGGAGCUCAUUGGAGUAUUGAAACUUACGACAAUUUCUUGACUCUGGAUUUUAAGUACAUUUUUACGUGUAGAUUCCUGCCCUUCUCGCGACCAGGCCCUGCAGCCACAAGUGUUUUGCUUUGGAGAACCUUUUGGAAGUGUUUUCUGAACCUGACUCUCUUUCUUGAGGUAGAGCUUAUAAUCCAUACCUUUUUGAGAGGACAGGACAGGAGGAGUAAAGCGAAGUUGUUUCAUCUCAUCCAACAUGUGCAGAGUCCUAACCUCAUCCUGUUGGUCACUUUGAGACUGCUACCCUGGACUGAGAGCUUUAAGUUUGAGGGUGGUUGUGGGUGUUGCUGUGUAAAAUUUUGUUGUGGUUGGGGCGUGUGUGUGUGUGUGUGUGUGUGUGUGUGUGUGUGUGUGUGUGUGUGUGAGAGAGAGAAUUGUGCUUAGACAAAGUUGCAAAUUUAGUCUUCACCUACCAAGAGAUGGCCGCCUCCUCGGGCAGCCACUCAGUGGACCAUUAGACUCGGCGAGAGGACCCGGCUGGCGGCCGGGACUCCGGGCGCGCUCUCCCGUGUUUGGGGUUUGUUUUCCCUCCUGCUGCCGCUCUUGGCAGCGGCCUUGUCGUCAUCUGCUUGUGGGAGUGGGAAAUGGGUAUUUUAGACCCAACACACAUUCUAAAUUUAAAAACGAGUAAUAAUUGGAACAAAAUAAAGGUCCUUGUCCCCAGAGCGAGUCUACAUGGGAAAAACAAACCGCUUUUUGCAGAGUGUGACUGGAUAGGAGGAAAGAUUUGGAAAUGUGAUGUGGUAGAACAGGUUUUGAAGGAGGAAAAUGUUCUCUCCCGUAUGUGUUAAGAGGAAAUCAGACCGUUGAAUAUGCCUGCUCAUCAAAUGUUUACUCAGCUAACCAUAUGUCCAGGUUGCCCACAGGGUGCCCUUCAAAGAGGAGUGUUGCCUGCUGAAUUUGGGGAGCUCGAGACAGCAAGGCUGUGUCCCUUUUUUGCUGCAACCAAUAGGACAAUAGCAGAGUUAGCCAAUCCUAAAAUUUUCCUAAAGACAAUUUUGGAGUGUCCCACCGGGAUCAUCUCUCUCUCUGAUGUGUGUUUUUAGUUUAGACGUGCUAUUCCACAAGAUUUGAGUCGGUGAGGGUUGGAAGACACCCAAUCUUCUUUUAUUCAAAAAGCACAAUCAAUCUUUUCUUUAAAAAUCUAUAUAAAGUACAACUUGCUUUUAGCAUGAUUAUUUUCCUAAAUAAAAAACAAAGAAUUUACUUAUUUUAUGUUAAUUACGGGCAUGAAGCAAAAGGUUUCCUUAAAAAAUCCAAGUGCAGUUGCGUAGAGCUGUGGUUAGUUAGGCGUGCUGAGCUGUCUAGCAUUUGUGGCUUGUUGGAGGGUGGUGCUAACUGUUUAACAUGGAGUGGUGUGCUUUCACUUGUGUCUGGCGCGUGGUCUUCUCAUUACUUUGGGGGAGGGAAGGUUUCUGCUGGCGCUCACCUGCUCACCCGCCGAAUUAGCAGUUUGCUUGUGCUAUAACCGUUUAAAUCGUAGGUGCGACUUAGGGUAGGCUUUAAAGUGCUGGGUGGUGAUUUGAGUUCAAACAAUAAAAAAUUGUAUUUUUUCAAUAUUGUAUAAACAAUAGUGUUCUAAUUACUUUUCAAAAAAAUAAUGUCCAGAUAAUAAUUGCUUUUAAUCUUAUCAGAAAAAAGAAACAAGAACUAGUAAAGCCAAGUUUAGGGGGAAGGGGUGUGAGCCACUGUUCUCGAAUAAAAAGACAUCAGCUCACCGCCGAUUGAGCGCUGGCCCUGGGAGCCCGGUGGCCUGGGGCUCCCGACGAAGAGGUGCUGGGGGAGGGUGCGAGGGCUGAGCAGCAGAGCAGCGUGCGGCGCGGCUGUGGCACGGACGCGUGUCAUCCAGGUGUGUCUGCUGGAAGUGUGUGUAGGCUGCCUCUUAGCACAGGAGGCUCCUGGAAUUGCUACCCAGAGCACGCUGGGCCCUCUCGUUCUGCGCAGGUCUGUCCAUUCUGGGCGCUCUCCUUGGUCCCAUGCAUGCUUUUGGCUCUGUAUGGGGCUUUCCCUCUCCUCUGAGAAACUGGUUUGCAAGAAGUCGAACAGAAUCCCUUUCUAUGCUAACUUGUGUCCCUUCCUGUACCUGGGAGAGCGAGGCUGGAGGAGGGGACCGUGCUUCUAGGUACAGCGGGAGCUAGAAGGAGGUCUGGCUGUGAAUCAGACUCUGGCCGCCAGUAAACAGAUGAGCUAUAUAGUAAGAGGAGAGCAGGGGGUGCCACGGCACCAAAAGCUUGUCCAGGUUUUCCAUUAUAAUGCUCAGAAAAGCACCCAGAGCCCCUUCUUAGAAAGGCUGAACAUUAUUGUUUUUAAAGGUGGUGGUGGUAGGUCAGAGUUGCUUCUGGCAGUUUCCCUCCCUUUCUUAGCAUACCCGUAGUUCAUUUUGAAGUCUCACCAUGUGGUUUACCAGCGCAAGCCCCCCCUUUGCCCCGUUGAAAUGACCAAGCUCCAGCUCGCUCCAAAACCGACAUGCGAGGUGGCCACAGCCGACGCCCGGAACCGCCGCUGUCCCGCGGGCCCCCGCGCUGGCACCGGGCGGGGUGCAUUCAGGGGUAGCCAAGCUAGAUGCUGGCAGUUUGCCCUUGUGUUUUCAGUCUUCUUGCCCUCAACCAGCAUUUUCUACCAGUGAGAUCGUUACCAGAAGUUGCCAUGUCUGUCUCCAGCACCUAACGUUGUUCUUCCACUUCCGGAGCUGUUCUCGUUGCCAGCUGGCCGACCUGGGCUCCAGGGGAGUGAGUGUCCCCCCUCAGAGGAAUUAUUUUCCCUCAAAAUGCUCUCGGAGCCCUGGUCAGCCUUGGCCUGAUGCUUGCUUUCUAUUAGGCCUCCUAUUACGAUGGCUGAGAAUCAUGAAAGACAGGUCCUCUGCUAGCCUUCAUGGGUGAAGUUUCUAGACCCCAGCUUUCUGGGAACUGGUGUUUGAAUUUGAAUGGCAUACAGCCCUUCUAUGUUCUAGGGACUCAAUUAGAAAAGUGAAAGCCAUUAACAAAAGUUAGCAAGAGUUCUUUUUGUUUUAGUCCAUCAACUUCCUAAUUGGGUUCAGAGCCGCCUUGACUAAAAUCAAAUCCUUUCUGAUUGGGCGCAAAGACCUGCAUUUCUUUGGACUUCUGAAUCCAUGUUUGUAUUUUUCUGGCCACUGAACACCUUGGUGGGGCCGUUCGGGAUCGGCGUGGAGGCCCCUCGGGGAGGGGGACUCAGCGGCCUCGCUGUUCAGGUUCUCCACUCAACCUGAGGAAGGGCCAGGACUCCAUUCAGCAAAUCCUGUCUUGGCUGUGGGCUUGGGAAGAAAUGGCCAUUAUUUACUGAUUGUAUUUGGUACAUAUUGUGUGAUACUUGAAGAGAUAAAAGGGACUUACCAGCCCUGAAUUGAAAUCUAAGCUUUUUAUCGCUUAUUUUUUUCCUUGCCCUGUCUCCUCCCUUCCACCUUUUUCCUUGCAUUGUGAUGAUCUAGCGGGCACUUCUCAACAGGACAAAUGCCUCCUCUGACUAUAACCUCUUAAUAGUUGUGUAUAAUGAAAACUGUAAACUUUUUUAAAUAAAAUGUGUAUAUACCUUGGCAAA